AUGGCCAACAUUUUCAGCACCUCGUCCAUCUGGAUGAAGAUUGCCAGUUUCUCCGUAUUAAUCGGCCUCAUCUUGUUUGUCAUUGGUUUUGCCACACCUGCCUGGCGUGUGUAUGGAUCUCAAGAAACAAGGGGACUGUGGCAGUUCCACACGUGUAUUUUCGGAUGCCGUACUGUCAGCUAUGGACAAGUUAAUGAUUUCCAUCGUGCCAUCCAGGCAAUGGAGUGCAUUGGUUUGAUUGGCUAUGUUCUGUCAGCGGUGUGUGUGCUACUGUACCUGUGUGCUGAUUCAUUCAGACGUCGUAACUGCUUGCAGGCAACUACAGCCCUCACCUUUGCUGGAAUCAUUUUUGCCAGCAUAGGCUACGCCUUGUUUGGAGCCACUUCAGAUGGUGACAACCGGAAUGGAUACGGAAGUGAUAUGGGAUGGUCAAUGGGCGUGUCCCUUGCUGGUACUAUCCUUUAUGGGGUCGCCGGGAUUAUGCUAAUACUGCAGCUGGUCCGUUAA